ACAAUCAACUUGCAUCCCUAACUGGCUCUUUUCGUGGUGCGGACGCAAUCUGCAAACUCGUGGCGAAAUUUUGUAUUAAAUUUUCGUUGUCCAUUUGCAUAGCAAAACAAGAUGCCGGGCGUUGAAACAAUCAAAUCCAGUUGGGCCGAUGAGGUGGAGCUCGACUAUGGAGGCUUGCCACCAACAACCGAAACUAUUGAGAAUGGCCAUAAAUAUGUGACCGAAUACAAAUACAAUAAGGACGAUAAGAAAACGAAAGUGGUGCGCACUUACAAAAUAUCCAAGCAGGUCGUGCCGAAAACUGUGGCUAAGCGCCGCACCUGGACCAAAUUUGGUGAUUCGAAGAACGACAAGCCCGGCCCGAAUUCGCAAACCACAAUGGUCUCUGAAGAGAUUAUAAUGCAGUUCCUCAACUCCAAAGAGGAUGAGAAGGCCAACGAUCCGUUGCUCGAUCCCACCAAGAACAUUGCCAAAUGUCGUAUUUGCAAUGGCGAGCAUUGGUCUGUCAACUGUCCCUACAAAGGCACCGCCAUGGACACCAAUCUUAUGGAGAAGAAGGCGGCAGCUGCUGCAUCGGCAGCCGUGGAUGCCCCCAAAUCUGGAAAGUAUGUGCCACCAUUCCUCAAGGAUAGUCAAAAGGGCGGUAUGGGUAUGCGUGGACGUGACGAUACGGCCGCCAUUCGCAUUUCCAACUUAUCGGAGUCCAUGACCGAAGCGGAUCUCGAGGAGCUGGUCAAGAAGAUUGGUCCACAGAGCAAGAUGUACCUGGCCCGCGAUAAGAAUACCGGCCUCUGCAAAGGUUUCGCCUACGUUCACUUCAAACAGCGCAAGGAUGCGGCAGCGGCCAUCGAGAUCCUGAAUGGUCACGGCUACGAUCACUUGAUCCUGAGUGUGGAGUGGUCAAAGCCACAGAACAACUAAAAGAGGGCAAGGCGUCGAAGUGUGCGUGUGUGCGACGUGUGUAUGUGUGUGAAGAGGCAAGGCUGCCGGGAAAGUCAAGCAGAAGCGUGAAGAAUAAUGUAAUUUGCUUUUUUUUAUUUUGAAUAACUACCACUUAUAGAGACCCUGAAGCAUACCGCAUGUGUUACAAAUAAAUAGUACAUGGUAUCUAAGCUAUAAGUUUGCUAAAAACACAAAAAAAUAAACAAA